ACGACGCGGUCCGCUUCCCCCGUCCGCGAUGACACCGCCACUCGAACAACGCAGUCGGUGCUCGCACGGCGCCGAGCUGCGCGCUCGCGACAAAUACGAACCCGCGACCACCGUUCCAGCAGCCUGUGGGCAUUGAUUCGUCGAUUUUGAUGGAUAUGUAUCUGAGCUGUAUGUGAACUACUGAGGGUGCAUUUGGUUUAGCAGGGGCUUACGGACGGACUAAAGAGUCAAGCGCUGCCUGGUCGGUGGGGUUUCUAUAGCUUAUUGUUGUUGUGUGGGCGCGGUAGAUAUACCACAUUACGCAGCGCCGAUUAUAAUAUAUAGGGGCUGUGUGUUCUAGGCAGCGUUGGGGCGGCUUGGAGGUUCUCUGUGCCGUGUGUCCGAAUGGGCAGCGGCGUCUCGAGGGUUGUUCGCCCCCUUCGCCGUUGCGUUCCGUAGCCGCGGGACCAUCGCAGGGACCUUGCGCCUUGGCCACGUAAAAUGCGUCAAAUCCGCGGGCGGUCAAACGCGCAUCGCGGGGUUCUUGUGAUGGUAAUUGGCGAGCAGGGUUAGCCGCUGUUCUAUGUUGGCACGGCUUCUGUGCUCUCUUUUUUUAAACCCCGAGACAGAAGGACACAGCCUACUAUACAAAUGCGCGUUGCGCCAUUCUCUUGACGAAGAACUCCGAAAAACACAAAGCUGUCGUGCACGGGCAGGCGGGCGCGUGUGUGUGCACUCACGCGCGUAUAGGCCGAGUAGUUUUGUUCCACGCGCAUACAGUUAGGUGUAUACGUAUACAUCCAUCACAUCCCUGUGUUUGGGGGACGGAGACCUUCACUCAUAGCUGCUUCAGUCAGCCAAGGGGACCCACCCCUGGCUGCUAGUUGGUCGCCAGAGGAAGGGCAUCAUCAUCAUCAUCGGCCACAGCUGCGAGCUGUGAACCCAUCUCAUGGUCCUGGAUUUGUGAAGAAGCAGAGAGAAGAUGAAGGACAACGGAGAAUCCAAAGAUCAUCAACUGACGGUGGCUCUACGCAUCCGGCCCAUCAACGAUGCCGAGCUGGAGGAAGGGGCAUCGGUCACGGCCCACCGCGUGGACGAGCAGAUGGUGGUGCUCAUGGAUCCCAUGGAAGACCCUGACGACAUCCUCCGGGCAAACCGGUCUCGCGAGAAGACCUACAUGUUUGACGUCGCGUUCGAUUGCACGGCCACGCAGGAUGAAGUGUACUUGGCGACAACAAAGGAGCUCAUUGAGGGCGUGAUCUCCGGCUACAACGCCACAGUGUUUGCUUACGGACCCACAGGGGCUGGCAAGACCUACACGAUGCUGGGCACGGACCGCGACCCCGGCAUCUACAUGCGCACGCUGAGCGACCUCUUCCGCGCCAUCGAGGCGACGAGCGACGACAUGAAGUACGGGGUCACCAUGUCAUACCUGGAGAUCUAUAAUGAGAUGAUCCGCGAUCUGCUCAACCCUUCCACGGGCUUCCUGGACCUGCGAGAGGACCACAAGGGGGGCAUCCAGAUCGCGGGCAUCACCGAGGUGUCCACCAGCAAUGCCAAGGAGAUCAUGCAGCUGCUGGUGAAGGGGAACCGGCAGCGCACGCAGGAGCCCACGGCGGCGAACAAGGCGUCGUCGCGCUCGCACGCCGUGCUGCAGGUGACCGUGCGCCAGAGCAGCCGCGUGCGCGACAUCAGCCAGGAGGUGCGCACGGGGCGACUCUUCCUCAUCGACCUCGCCGGCUCAGAGCGAGCAGCCCAGACACAGAACAGGGGAAAGCGCAUGAAGGAGGGCGCGCACAUCAACCGCUCCCUGCUCGCCCUGGGGAACUGCAUCAACGCGCUGAGCGAGCGCGGCGGGCGAGCGCAGUACGUCAACUACCGGGACAGCAAGCUCACACGCCUCCUCAAGGACUCCCUGGGCGGGAACAGCCGCACGGUGAUGAUCGCCCACAUCAGCCCGGCGAGCAUCUCCUUCGAGGAGUCGCGCAACACGCUCACCUACGCCGACCGCGCCAAGAACAUCAAAAACAGGGUGCGGAGGAACCUGAUGAACGUGUCGUACCACAUCGCGCAGUACACGAGCAUCAUCGCCGACCUGCGGCGCGAGAUCCAGCGGCUCAAGGCCAAGAUCGAGCAGCAGUCGGUGCUGGACCAGCCGCGCAAGGAUGGGCGGCCAACGAUCCGCCACGUGCAGGAGGAGGUGAGCCAAGUGUCACGUCUUCGCGAGCAGCUGCUGGCCGUGUUCCGUGAGCAGAUGGAAAUCCGCCGCAGCCUCAUGGAGCUCGAGAACUCCAGCCUCGCCAUGCACAUGGACAUGUCCAGGCACCUCCUCACCAUCUCCGACUGGGAGCGCGAGCGGCAGCACCGCGUGCGUAAGUGGCGCGCCGAGCGUCGCCGCGAGUCCAAGGGCGGCCGCGACUCCGACGACGGUGAGCAGCAGCGCAGCGGUGGCGGGCGGACCGACGACGACGACGAUGACGACAACAACGAUGGAGAUGACGAGGAGGGGGGCUACUCCGACCCCCCGGACUCGCCCGAGCCCCCCGAGGUGUCAGGCGCAAGGUCCGAGCUUUCGUCGAUGCUCGCCGAGCAGAAGAACACGUCGAAGCUGAAGGCCGAGCUGGAGAAGAAGCUCGCGGCCGCGAAGGCUCGCGCCGUGCGGCUGGAGGAGUCGCUGCCGGCGGCGCUGGGUGGCGGCGAGCAGCGGCAGGUGCUGGCGCUGCUGUGCAAGGUGCACGAGCUGGAGGCCGACAACGCGGAGCUGGAGUCACGCGCGCUCCUGCGCGACACGCUGCUGCGGCAGCGCGACCUCGUGCUGCGCCGCUACCAGCAGCACGCGGGGCUGUGCGACCAGGUCAUCCGGCACCAGCGCGACCUCAUCCACGACCACCAUGUGGUGGUGCCGAGAGACGUGGAGGAACUGUACCAGGCGUACCUGCGCGAGCUGGAGGAGGGGAACCUGGACAAGAUAGUGGCGCUGCACUCCAUCACCACCACCGCCCUGCGGGAGCGCUCCCUGCCCAUGCUGGGCCCCGCGUCGCUGAUGGCCCUGGAGGUGCCCGAGUCGGAGCGCGAGGACGAGGGCUCGCCGCUCGACGCCAAGCGGCGCAGCAAGGGGCGCGGCAAGGGGCGCCCGGCGCGGGGGGGAAGAGACGCGACGCGCGACGCGCUGCCGCCUAUCCACCCCGACCACGACAGCGACAGCAACAAAGUGUUCAAGAAAAGCCCCAAAGCACGGCAGAUCUACAAGUCAUCGGUGGCCACGCCGCCCCCAAUCCGCGUCACCACCGUCUCCUCCGGGCACCAGAAACCGGAGCAGAACACGAGCAGCCUGGCCAGCCUGAGCGACCGCUGCAACAGCAGCCUGUCAGGUGACCCGGCCCCCGAGGGCACACGAGGGGGGGCGGCACUGGGACACGGGGACCAGAGACGCGCCAGGCCACGUGGACGCACGCAGGCCAGCGGCAACAACAACAGCAACGUCGUCAACCUCAACAGCGUCAACAGCCACCACCAGCAACAGCAGCAUGGCAACACCAGCAUCAACACCCGGGUGGCACCGGCCAUAACCGCGGAGAUCGCCACGGGGACGAAGAGCAUCUCCGUCAUCGCUGAGCGGCGGAGGUCACGGGCGAGAGCCAUGGAGCCCCUGGAGGGAGCGGGGUUGGGGUUCGGGUCAGGAAUGACGGCCUCCCAUGUGAACUCUCAGCACUCGCUAGGCACCGCCCUGGGCAGCCACGCGGGCACCUUCCGCGUCAACCAGGCGAGCAGCGAGGAGAGCCUCGGGCCCGGCUCCACCGUGGCGGCGCGUGGGGGGACCCUGCCGGCUCGCGGCGCGGGGCCCAACGCGCUGGCCGGAAGGGAGCGGGCCGACUCCCUGCAGAGCGAUCGGGCCGAGCUGCAGGCACGACGGCAGCCCCGGCGAGCCGCCCCGCACGGUGCUCAGGCUCCCCCGCCGAUGUCGCAGCAUCAGCAGCACCAGCAGCACCAGCAGCAGAGCCAGGCUCAUGCAGAGCAGCCGCACGGACGCAAGACGCGGUCGCGCUCCUUCGAGGUCGGCAGACAAGCGCAGCUGCCCAAGCCGAAGGCCACGCAGCAGCGCGUCCUGGAGACGCUGUCUGACCACAAGAUCUCGGGGGCGGCCGCCGCCGGGCCCACGGGGGCCGGGGGCCGUGCCGGCCAGAACCCCGGGCAGCCCAAGCCCCGAGCCCGCGCCGCGGUGAUGCUGCACCCCCCGCCAGCCCCUGGCGGUGCCGGCGCUGGUGGCGGUGCCGGUGGCGGUGGAGGAGGGAUCGCACCGGCUGUCAUCGUCAGAGCAAAGCACCAACCCGGAUAUCAGCCCACAGGUGGAGAGCUGCACUCCCUGGAUCCGCUGACGACGCCUCCCAGCACCGUGUUCCAGACCAACGGCGAGCGGCACCGAGCGCUGGCGCUGCAGAAGAAGACGCGAGGUGGUGGUGGCGGUGGCAUGGGGGGACAGCAGACGACAGCCGACCCGCCAGCCACAAGCACCAUCGCGGGCGCCGGCAGCCACCUGCUGUCCCUGCCGGGCAAUGCCAAGCGGGUCGGGCGGCCCUCCCCGCCGGCGGCGCUCGGGGCAGCGCCGGGCGGGCAAGGAGCCGUCGCCGGAGCCGCCGGGGCCACCGGAGCCGCCGGCAGCGGGAACCCGAGCCCCUCGCUCGGCUUGAGCGGGCAGGCGAUCCUCAAGCACGAGUCGCGAGCACGCAGGGCGUGAGUGCCUUGAGAGCGCGGCGGGCAAGGGGCAGAGUCUCCGGAGAAGGGGUCGGAUUGGCAAAGGAGGAUCCGUUUCUGUUAUUGUCACCCAUCCCCUCCAACCCCGAGCCACCCAACAACAUUGGAUAGGAGGAUCUGGCGUGGACUCGGCUGUUGACAAAAUGCACGAGGCACACAAGUGUUCCUCAAUUGAUGGAUGGAAGGAAGCUUACAAUGGUGGACUACGUGCGGCGCCCCGUGGCUUGUGACUGGCUGCACCUUGCAGCAUUCGGGUUGUGGGUGAAUUAAGGUGAAGGCUUUGGUGUUGCUGCUGCUGCUGCUGUUGUUGUUGUUGUUGUGCCGUUGGCGUGUUGGGGACGGCGCGAGGGGAGUUGACCGCAUCGAGCGGCACGGAGCCGCGAGCGAAAAUGCGGACGCGAAACGUCGACGGCGUCUGAAACGCGCCGCUCGGCCCGUCAAGCGCGACCCACGUAGCCAAUCAAAUCGUAACAAACACCACGGUAGUGGGUCACAGUGGUUUGGUUACUCGACGCAACCCUUCACGGGGGGGUUGGGGGGGUACUUGGGAGUUCCCGGCUGAUGCAGUAGUAAGAAUGGGGAAAGUAUAAUGACUUAACAUCAGGUUGCCCGUCUUGCCCGGUUUUCCACUCGUUUAAACUACCAUCGAUUCCUUUUUUUCUUCUCUCGCGUCAGUGCAGCAGGUUAGUGAUGAGCCUCAACAGUUGGCCACUGCUAAUGCACUCAAAGUAAUUAAACCUUUUGUGGAGUGUUCGCGUUGAAUCGGCGCCACCGUCAAUUCUCACGUCUUGUGAAAGAUCCGGCUUAGGGUGAAUCCAUAACUAUAAUUAGACAGAGGUUUAUUGUUUUCUAUAUUUGGUGAUGGGUUACCAUGGGAUUUUUUCUAAUCAAUCGAGCAUUUAUUUCAAUCAAUGGCAUCAAUAAAAAAACAAAUUAAUACUGAGUGCAUUUUAGCAAUGGUAACAUUAAACAUACAUAGCCUAGGUUCAUAUUCGGGGUGUAUUUAAAGAUGUUGGGGGUACAGGUGGCCAGUUUUAUCCACUCCUCCAGUGUAGUGGAUGGCUCUGCAAGCACUGAAUGGAGCAUUGCUCAGUGAGGGGUAUCCAGUCAGCUGUUGGGGUGGGGGGGUUAUAAGUUCUGAUUGGUCUCGAAUGCCGAGGCAAACAUUUCACCCUUGGUGACCGUGUUUAUUCCAAGUCGGAGGAGAAUCUCUGUUAAUAACCCGAGCGUCACCCAACGCUGGCGUUAAACACUCCAGGACUAGUUUUGUAGUUUUUCAGCCACUUUUUGUUACAUGGAAAAUAUAGGCUCGGCUAUUUGCUGCCAUGUCGUGUCUUAAAUUAGAGAUUUCCUUCCCUGCCCAUGGCGUCUGGCUCACCUACACAACGAUAAAUUUAGAUUUGCAAAAAAAUCGAGGUAGUAAAAUUUUUAUAAUUGGAAUCCUAGUGCCUCAAAAUUGUAUUUAAACAAAUGCUGUUAUUUGUAUGUCUGCUAUAACGCACGGGUUCAUGGUUCCUCAUGUUACCAAGCAACCAACAUCUGUCUGGCAAAUCUCUCCGAACACAUCCACACACGGUCAGACGCAGCGCGUGCAGUGGCUUCAGGGUUGUCAUCUCUCAGGAACGUAUCAUGGAAACAUGAACAAUAUCACAAAAUCUCUCAACACCGGGGCAGGGAAGAACUCCAUUGUCUCCAGUGGCUCAUUAUUAUUAUAAAACCGUCAAAAUUGCGAGGACUUUUAAUGUCCCAGGGAGACUUCGACAUUUCCCAGGACAGCAACCUCCUCAAAAUGAGGGCGAUUCUGGGAAAAUCACUGGCAGGUGGCAACCCGAAGUAGCACGGGAGAGCGCAGCGUUCACGAGCAGCGUUCACGAGCAGCGACGGCUGCGAAGCACAGCGGGAGCUUGCGGCUCCAGCGGUGGCAACGACCGUGAACGUUCCACUAACGCCAACCAGGGAGAGCGCAUCGGGAGAUGGAAUCCCAGUGAGAUGUGAAAUCGCGGGACCUGUGUUGAUCCGAUGGAAAAGGUGACAGACAGGCCGUGCGGUGGGUGGGCACGUGUGUGGG